AUGUCUUUAGCCAGUACCACUGCUGUACUUUGGCUAUUAUGUGCUGUUUUGGCAUUUACCAGUUCAGAAGAGUGUGAAGUUUGUGUGGGAUUUUUGGAGCGUCUGUACAGGUCUCUGGUGGCCACACACAGGGAGCUGUCCUCAGCACUUGUAGAAGAUGAGCUUAUAAAAACAUGUGCUGUAGCUACAGGAAAGGAAAAUCGUCUAUGCUAUUACCUUGGAGCAUCCGUUGAUGCUGCCGCCAAAGUAACUGGGGAGGUGAGUCGUCCUCUCAGUGCCCAUGUCCCCGUGCAGAAGAUAUGCGAGCGACUCCAGCGCAGAGACCAGCAGAUCUGUGAGCUUCGAUAUGAGCAUGAGGUGCUGGACUGGAGCCGAGAAGCUCUGUCUAAGAUGCGGGUCCUGGAACUGAAGCGAGUACUGGCCUCGUGGGGAGAGGAAUGUCGAGCAUGCCUGGAAAAGACUGACUUUAUAGAUCUUAUCCAAGAGGUGGCCCCCAAACACAGCCCAGCACAUCAUGCAGCUGAGCUCUAAGGGCCUCAUCAUGCAGCUCCACAGUGA